CUUUAGUGCGGACGGAGAGGGUUAUGGCACAAUCUACUGCUCCAGAGCUGACAGCAGGAAAAGCCAACAAGAGGAGCAAAAGAGUGAAGAGAAGGAGCUGCAGAUUUGGCGCAAACUGGAUUUAUCAUAACAAGGGAAAAGCAGAUUUUGCGCAGUAAGCGCCAACAGUUUUUGUCACGGAUGAGGUCCAAAUCGAACAUCGACGAGGCCUGAGCUGCCCUCACCAACGCAGCACACCCAGAGAAGCACAGGCCCCGCGUCCCUGUUCCCAGCAGGACCGAGUCCUGUUCGCCACAUUUUCUGCUUCAGCUUGUCCCCAGUAGCAUUCAAAACUGUUUCUCCAACGCUUCUAUCAAAAACUUAGACUGUUUUCCAAAGCAGAAGCGGCCCAGCCCUCCCCGCUGGAAGUGAUGGGGAGUGUGCGAAGCCACCGAUACAGCAUUGUGUCCUCUGAGGAAGACGGCAUGAAGCUGGCGGCCAUUGCUGUUCCAAAUGGCUACGGCAAUGGCGACGUCAACAAAGGGCACACAGGGCACCAACAGCAAAGCCGCUUUGUCAGUAAGGAUGGCCACUGCAACGUGCAGUUUAUCAAUAUGAGUGAGAAGAGCCAGCGUUACCUGGCAGAUAUCUUCACCACCUGCGUGGACAUCCGCUGGCGCUGGAUGGUGCUCGUAUUCUGCCUGUCCUUCCUGCUGUCCUGGUUGUUUUUUGGAUUAGUCUUCUGGCUGGUGGCGCUUUUUUAUGGGGACUUAGAGAAUGAAACCCAAAUGUGCGUUUCCAAUGUGGACAGUUUCACCGCUGCAUUCCUGUUUUCGGUUGAGACCCAAACCACGAUCGGUUACGGCUAUCGCUACGUGACGGAAAAAUGCCCCAUCGCUGUUUUCAUGGUGGUAUUCCAAAGCAUCGUUGGCUGCAUCAUUGAUGCUUUUAUCAUUGGUGCUGUUAUGGCCAAGAUGGCAAAGCCCAAAAAGAGGAACGAGACGCUGGUGUUUAGCCACUUUGCCACAGUGGCCAUGAGAGAUGGGAAACUUUGCCUGAUGUGGCGAGUUGGGAACCUGAGGAAGAGUCACCUGGUGGAAGCCCAUGUUAGGGCGCAGCUCCUUAAAUCCCGCACAACGGCAGAGGGAGAGUUCAUCCCUUUGGAUCAGAUGGACAUUGAUGUAGGCUUUGACAGUGGCAUCGACAGAAUCUUCCUGGUGUCUCCAAUUACCAUCGUGCACGAAAUAGAUGAGGACAGCCCUUUCUACGAGAUGAACAAACAGGAUUUGGAAACAUCAGACUUUGAGAUUGUGGUGAUUCUUGAGGGAAUGGUGGAGGCCACCGCGAUGACAACUCAGUGCCGGAGUUCCUAUGUGGCCGGGGAGAUUCUCUGGGGCCACCGCUUUGAGCCAGUGCUUUUUGAAGAAAAGAACUACUACAAAGUGGACUACUCUCGCUUUGACAACACCUACGAGGUGCCCAGCACACCCAGCUGCAGCGCCAGGGAGCUGGCAGAGAAGAAGUCUGCUGCUUCGAGCAUGAGGAACUCCUUUUGUUACGAGAACGAGGUGGCUCUGGAAAAAGUUGAAAUGGAGGAGGAGUUUGAGGAAGAGGAGAACAGAUUGAUGAGGGACACUGAGGGUUGUGCACUUGGGGACACAGGCACAGAUCUGGCAUCAGAUGCUGAGUGCAACCUGGAUUCUUUGCCUUUAGAAUCAAGGCCUUUGACAGCAGAAUCACAAAUAUAAUUUCAGGUGUGAAGGUUACAAUGAAGUUUGCUUUAACUUUGGUCCUGCUUAAUGUUUCUAAAUCAUGCAUGACAAUCUGUAGACUGUGAUUUGAGUGUGAAAUUCAGCUUAACGAAGCUCACAAGACACCAGUGAAAUAUAAACUUUAGUCUUUUUAAGGGGAAGUUUAACCAAAAACCUGUCUUGAGCCUGAUGGGUUGAAUAAAUUACAUGUCAUCAUGCACAUAAAGCUCAGUCUGAUCCUGAGAAUAUGGCCUAAAAGGAUUAUAUUUUAAUAUUUAAGUCUGUUGGAUUCAGGAUUGAAAAAAGAAGUUAUGUGUUUUAAGCUCCUUGUUUGCACUUAAUGGAUUAUGCAUCCUAGAUUUUUUUAAGAUGAAUAAAUGUCACAUGAAGUUGUGAUAGCUAAAAGAACGAAAGUCGUUGUAAAUGGCAAUCUAAAUUCAUGACUUUUUAAUCAUAUUUUGCAUGAAAUGAUUUUAAGUCAGAUCACAGGCACAAAAACAAGGUAUCAUUUGUUAACGAGCUGGCCUCUUAGCAAAGUCUCUUCAGUCUUUUUACCUGUGUUGGCGUGACAAAGAACAAUUUUGAGUUGCACAAAUACACUAAGCUCCUCAACCUAUCAUCCAUGUGUGCAGAAUCUUUUGCAAUGUGUGCCUUUAUCAAAAGUCUCAGCUCCUGUGCUGGCGCUCUGGUGGUCGGGCUUUUGAGCACACCCUGCACUAGAUCUCACAGAAAGCAGAAGCAAUACGUUGUGACUCACUGUGCAGGUUGCUGCCGCCUCUUGCGGGUUUUUGUGUUUUUAUGUGCAAUACUGUUCGGCGGAGAAAGGACAGAGAAGGCUCAACUGUGAGCUAUGGCUAUGAAUGUUGAUGAAAAGUGCUGCUAAGUUACAUAUUGUGCGGUUAGACCGAGCCAAAAUGUAUUAUUUGUCUCUUCUUUUCCUCAUUUUUGAGAGUGCACAUGCAUUCUGUAGUAUUAUUUCUAGCUAUGUAGGAGCAUGAUUCUGUAAAGUGUGUUUUCCGACGCUUCAGAGCACUUUCUUCCUUCUCCACAUGAUGACCAGAAGCUGUUUCAUUAAUCAAGCCAGAUAUAUAAGUCUAUAUUAUUAUAAUCUUUUAGCUUAAAGAAAACCUGAUUUUGUUUUUCCUAAACUAACACAGGUUGGAUGUUGAAACAGAAUUAUCUAAACUGAGUUUAUGGGCAAUUUGCCCUAUUUGCAGAUAAAACCAGGUACAAUAAAUCACACAACUCUUUGCAAAUUCAUAGUCAGACUCAGUGCAGGUAAGGGGAGCCGACUGGCCUAUUAUUAGGCAGAUUUCAAAUGGCUUUUUCUGUAGGUAUCAGUGUUCCUAGAGUGCAAAUGGAUGCAUUUUAGUAAACUAACUCAUCUCACUAAUCCUCAUCUGGAGGGAUUAUUACAGAACAGCUUUCUAAAUAAAAAGAUCAUAAAUGCUCUUUACCAUUUCAUCUACAAUCUGAGUCCACAAAAGGAUGGAACACACUUCGCUUCAGUCUUAUUCAGCUUUACCUUAAAGCAGUGGAUACCAGAUCUCUGUUCUGUUGUAGGUUUUCAUUUUUCUACUGCUGUCCUCCCAACCUCCUGAACAGACCCGGAGUGUACAGAUGUUUUUUUUAUUUUGCAAGAACUGUAUAGAAAUGCUGCAGUUAUUGAAAACUGUUUGUCCUCUUUUUAAUAAAACACAGACAAAAUCAUUAGGAUA